CCAGUGCUCCGUGUUUUGCUAGUUUUCAACCAAUCAGCCAUUUAGCUCCUGUGCUGUUUGUCUCGUGUAGUCUGGCUGUCUUUAAACCGGAAUAACGCUUUAUUUGGGGGGGGGGGCAUCAGGACCCCCAAUGAAACCAAUGGAACACCAGGGAUCCGUCCCCUGUUCCCCACGGGUGAAGUAUUGAACCGCAGGGAUGAGGCAGUGUGUUGCGGCGGUGCAGUGGAGCGCAGGACGGGGGGGCCGUGUGAUGGCUGCGGUCCAGUGAGCCGGGAGCACGUUGACUGUUCCGCCUGCUCGGUGCUCGCCUCUCGCACCUUUUCCCCCCUGCCAAGGUUCGGAUCUAUGGAGUGCACAUGACAGUCGUGCCGAUCGGGAUUAUGAGCAGGGAGGCCAUGCGGGCAGCAGGGAGGCGGCGCCGGGUCCAUCCCUGAGGAGGCGCCCAGCGGCUGGGAGGAACGCGGCCCUCCGGCGGCGGCCCACCCCCACCCCCCUGCGGCGCUCCGGGGACGCUCCUACUAAGAUGUCCCUCAGCGGCGGCCCUGCAGGCGGGAAAGGUGUGGACUCCAACGCGGUGGACACGUACGACAGCGGCGAUGAGUGGGACAUCGGUGUCGGCAAUCUGAUUAUUGACCUGGACGCCGACUUGGAGAAGGACAAACUGGAGAUGUCGAGCAGCAAGGAGGGUGGGGGCAUAGCCGCCCCUCCCAGCGCCGUGGCCGCUUUGCCGGACAACAUCAAGUUUGUGAGUCCCGUGAGUGGCGGGAAGGACAGUAAAUCGAAAUCCAAACGUACUAAAAACUCCAAAGAAGGCGUUAAAACCGCCGCGGUGGACGCCAUCAAAAAGGAGGUUCCGUGUCGGGCCCCUGGAGACCCACAGACACAGAACCUCAACUCUACCCUGACUAAGGGAAGCGAAAAGUCAGGCAAAGCCUCCCGCGUCCUCACCGCAGUCAAGAAGGAGAAGGACGGCGUGUCUGCAAAGACCAAGAAGGACAAACUGGAGACUAGCGGCGACAAGGAGCCCGGGGCCACACUGUUGCUUCCGGGGGCCACACGUGCCGGCCCUUUCGAGGGCCAACAGAACUCUGAAAUGGCCGAGCACCUGGGUCACGUGGCAUUGGACUCUGCGGGGAUUUGCCAGCCUGUCGCCAUGACAACCGAGGAGGACGAGGAGGAGGAGGAGGAGAUGGACAACGGCGAGUGCAGGAAGCUGAAGAAGAUGCUGUGUGCCGACAAGAUGGAUUCUCCCUCCUCUACCUCUGCUCCCCCGCCGCUUCACCUGCUCGCCCCCGUGUCCCACAGCGACAUCUCAUCUUCCUGCGAACAGAUCAUGGUGCGCACGCGCUCGGUGGCGGUCAACACGGCAGACGCGGCGCUGGCCACCGACCCGGAGUGCUUGGGACCCUGCGAGCCUGGAACCAGCGUCAACCUGGAGGGCAUCGUGUGGCAGGAGACCGAAGACGGCAUGCUGGUGGUCAACGUGACCUGGAGGAACAAGACGUAUGUUGGGACCCUGCUGGACUGCACCCGACAUGACUGGGCCCCCCCAAGGUUCUGCGAUUCCCCCACGAGUGACGUGGAAAUGCGAAGUGGGCGCGGUCGAGGGAAGCGGAUGAGGCCCGGCGGCAACGCACCAGCAAACGACAACAGCACGUCCUCUGACAACAAAGGCAGUAGCAAGACGCGCGGCGCGGCCGCCAACAGCAAAGGUCGUCGAGGCAGCCAGACAGCGGGCGGCUUGGAGGACGCCAAAGCCAGCCCUUCCUCCGCCAAGAGGAAGACCAAGCCUGCCUCGGACAUGGAACCCACCUCCAGCUCCGAGGACACCAAGGUGUCCAAGCGCAUAAGAACCAGCUCGACUGGCACCGCGACCACCCUCCAUGGAGGGAAAACGGAACCCCCUGCUCCGCCCCUGCUGGACCCGACAUGCCCCUCCCCCGUGCUCAUUGAUUGCCCCCAUCCCAACUGCAAUAAGAAGUACAAGCACAUCAACGGGCUGAAGUACCACCAGGCGCGCGCCCACAACGAGCACGAUGUCCGACUAGACCAGGACGCAGACAGCGAGUACGGCGACGAGCUCGGCCUCCAUCCCGACCCUGCGGCCUGCAAUGGCGCCGCCAUCUCCCCCGCUCGAUCCACUACGCCGAAAGGGCGGGGCUUUGAUGCCCCCUCCCCUUCGUCGGGGAAGCAGGCAUCGAAGCAGGGUAAGAAGAAGGGGGGCGAGCCUGAGCCCGAGGGGACGGAUGGCGGCGAGGACGCCGCGUGUUUGACCGACGAGGCCAGUAACGAUAGCAUGGAUGACAGGAAAGCCAAGAAGAUGGCAGCAGGCGCCAAAGCAGAUAAGAUUACUCCUAAGGGCGUGAAGCCCAGUCGCCCCGUGGCCCCCACUGGCCCUGGCGGCCCCAGCCUCUCCCCUUACAGCCUUCAGGCGUCCUCCCCCGCCAUGGGCUCCGUGGUGCAGUCUGUCCCCAAGAGUCCCCAGAUGAAAAACGUUCAACCAAAACCUCCCUCACUGGCUGACCCCGCCUCAAGCCCCUCCCUCACCAAGGACAAGAAGAAGAAAGACAAGAAGAAGCGGGAGGGGGGGAAGGAGUGCGACAGUCCGAAGGGGGCAGGGAAAGAGGUGAGGCCAGAGGACGUGUACGGCGAGGCAUCGGAUGCCUUGCUCAACGGCUCCUCGGAUGCUCAGCAGAACAGACUGGCGAGUAUCAAGGCUGAGGCGGACAAAGUCUACAGCUUUACUGACAACGCACCCAGCCCUUCCAUCGGAGGGGCCAGCAGGGUGGAGGGCGCCCCUCCGCACCAUCUCAACCAAAACGGGGCGGACAGUGCGUCUGUCAAAACUGGUAGCCCCGCCUACUCGGACAUUUCCGAUGCCGGGGAGGACGGCGAAGGCAGGGCAGAAGGGGUGAAGGUAAAGACGGAGCCCGACGCGGGGCCUCGUGAAGGGGCCAAGAAGGCACUCUUCCCGCCCCAGGCGCCCAGCAAGGACUCCCCCUACUACCACAACUAUGACUCGUACUACUCCCCGGGCUACGCUAACCCGAGCCCAGCCGCUGCCGCCCCGCCUCAUGUGGAGGGGAGGGUUAAAAAGGAGGAGGAGCCAGACGUGGUGGAGGAGAGCAAAGUGAAGUUGGAACCUCAGGAGGACAGGAAGGUGGAUCUCGGAGCGCAGCAGCCAUCAGUCAUCCAGCAGCGCUCCAACAUGUACGCCCAGCCCCUCUACUACAACCAGUACUACGUCCCCCCAUACUCCUACUCCCCUGACCAGGCUUACCACGCCCACCUGCUGGCCUCUAACCCCGCCUACCGCCAGCAGUACGAGGAGAGGCAGAGGCUCGCCGAUAAAAAGGCAGAAGGGAAAGAUGAGUGGAAGCAGAAGGCGUCCGUCCCGCCCACCCUGACCCGGGCCCCCAGCCUCACUGACCUGGCCACCAAAGGCAAGGCCAAGGAGGCGGGGCCAGAACUGGCCAAGUCUGUCAUCAUGGUAAAGAGCGAGGACCCUAAGACCUCCGCGGCUCAGCCGGAGGGGCUGAAGAUGAAGCUGAGUGAAGCAGGACAUCAUGGGAAGGACGAGGCCAAAGCAGGGGCAGAGUCUGCUCGGCCGUCUGGUGUGGAGUCCGCCAUGUGGUACAGACAGGAGCCCGACUCGCGCUUGUGGCCUUACGUGUACCCCAACAAGUACUCCGAGGCCCCCAAGGCGCAGGAGGACGAGCGCUGGAAGGACGAGCGGGAGCGCGACAAGAAAGCCAAGGAGGAGCGUCUGCGUCCCAAGGAGGUUCCUCAUAAAGAGGAGGCCAAGGAGGGGGCGGAGGGACGGGCGCAGAUGCCCCCAGAGGAGCAGAGGGUCGCUGGGAAAGAGAUGCGGCCCUCUCAUGUGCAGUUUUCGUCCCCUCUGGCCCAGCACCAGGGUUACAUGCCCUACAUGCACGGACCUUAUGCCUACGGCCACCAGGCCUAUGAGCCCGGACACCCCGGAUACAGAGGCAUGCCUUCAGUCAUGAUGCAGAACUACCCUGGCUAUCUGCCCGCCGGGUACUCCUUCUCGGCGUACGGCGGUAAGGCGACGGUAGGCGAGGAGGGCGAGAAAGCGUCCCGCUCCAGCCCCACAGUAAAACCGACGGGUGAGUCUAAAGCUCUGGACCUCCUGCAGCAGCACGCCAGCCAAUACAAGAACAAGUCGCCGUCCGUCUGCGACAAAGCGCCGCACGAGCGAGACAGGGAGGGCGAGCGGCCACGCUCCUCGCCAUCCCAGCGCAUGCUGCCUUCGCAUCACCACCUGGGGUACCCGCUGCUGUCGGGACAGUACGACCUGCCCUACGCCUCAGGUCUGUCGUCCUCCGCCAUCGUCGCCAGUCAGCAGGCGUCUGCCCCGUCCAUGUACCCACCCGCACGGAGGUGAGAAAGGUGCACCUGAUACACUGCCCCUGGCCCCCCUCCACCCGCCUGGAGUCAUGUGACUGGAUCACAUGAGGAAGAGUUAAUGACUCCACCUAGGGACCGCACCGCCCUGCGCUGGCUGGCUCCGCCCUCCCAGAUGGACGCUUGAGGAGGACGCUCGGUCCACCUAACCCGCCGGUGUGUCCAGUGGGCUGCCAGUCUGUGGUACAGAGUGGGCGCUUGGGGAUCAGACUGUUGUGGGGGAGGAAGGACAGGAUGAUCACUUCCUGUCUCUCAGAGUUACACUUAUUUUUUAAAACGGCACGCUGCAUUUGUUUGGUUUUUAUCCUUUGACGACCUCUGACCUCCAGACCCAAUCGACCUCCCAUCAUCAUCGUCAGCGCAGCUCUGAGCACCAAAACAAACACUUGACGGACAGGUGACAUCAGGCUCCUCCCCCUCAGUGUGUAGCUGUACUGUAGUGUGUGUGUGUGCGCGUGUGUGUGUGUAAAUAGUGUACAGAGGAAUUAUUUUAAAGAGCCUGUUGGAUGCUGUUGCUUUCCUACUCUUCUUUUUGUCUGUUGCCUCUGUUUUUCUACUCUUGUUGAUCUCAUUAAACAUGUAGCUGGCCCAAUGGCGCCUCAGUUACUUCCUUCACGCACACACGCACUACAUACGCUGUAAACGAAUGUUUUUCAUUUGAAUAAAAGAUGAUUACAAUAA